UUCAUACAAAUACAAGCCAUUCCAGAAUAGAAGAUCCAAAAUCCAUAAAUUUUCAUGGGUUUUCCAAGUUUUUGAGAUCUCUCCUUGUGUCCUUUUUGAACCCACAAGGCAGGCAACCAGGGGCCUAACAUAUCUCUAUCUCCAUGUGUUUUUUGAACUUGCUAACGAACAAAAAAUGAAGCUUUUGCUUCUUCUUCUCCUUCUUCUCUAUAUACCCACUUGUAUUUUAAGCUUCCGUCUUGUAUAUGCUUUACAGGACCCUUUUGUUUCUUCACCGGCUUCCUCUCCCAUUUCCCCAAUCUCCACUUCCAUGGCUGCUUUCUCUCCAGGAAUUCAAUUGCAGCUAGGAAUGAAAGAAGACCACCAAAAAAUGAAGUUAGAUAGGAAAGUAGCCAUAUUGCUUAUUGUUGCUUGUGGCAUUCUUGCUCUAAUAGUCCUAGCCUCAUUGUUUGGUUGUUGCAUUUACUAUUGGAAAUUCUCUCAAAGAAAGAAAAAGGCUCGGUGCUCAGAUGUUGAGAUAGGGGUAUCCGUGACACCAUUCUUUGAUAAAUUUAACUCACUGAGGAUGGUUAGUAACAGGGGAUCUGUUUCAUUGAUUGAUUAUAAGAUACUAGAGAAGGGCACGAACAAUUUUGAAGACGACAAUUUAUUGGGUAAGGGUGGAUUUGGACGUGUUUAUAAAGCUAUAUUGGAAGAGAACAAGCAUGUUGCCGUCAAGAAACUAGACUGUGCAGGUGAAGAUGCACAAAGAGAAUUUGAGAAUGAAGUGGACUUGUUAAGCAAAAUUCAUCACCCAAAUAUCAUUUCUCUUAUGGGAUAUAGUGUUCAUGAGGAGAUGGGCUUCAUUGUUUAUGAACUGAUGCAAAAUGGAUCCCUUGAAGAUCUAUUGCAUGGACCUUCUCGAGGAUCUUCAUUAAGUUGGCAUAUGCGAUUGAAAGUUGCUCUAGAUAUAGCAAGAGGAUUAGAAUAUCUACAUGAGUUCUGCAAGCCAGCAGUGAUCCAUAGAGAUCUGAAAUCAUCUAAUAUACUUUUGGAUUCUAAAUUCAAUGCCAAGCUAUCAGAUUUUGGUCUUGCUGUAGCAGAUAGCUCACAAAACAAGAACAAGCUCAAGCUUUCAGGCACUGUAGGUUAUGUAGCUCCAGAGUAUAUGUUGGAUGGUGAGCUAACAGAGAAGAGUGAUGUCUAUGCUUUUGGGGUUGUGCUUUUGGAGCUUCUACUGGGAAGAAGACCUGUAGAAAAACUGGCACCAGCUCAUUGCCAAUCUAUUGUAACAUGGGCCAUGCCUCAGCUCACUAAUAGAGCCUCCCUUCCCAACAUCGUGGAUCCUGUGAUAAAAGAUACUGUGGAUGAGAAGUAUUUAUUCCAGGUUGCUGCAGUGGCUGUGCUGUGUGUGCAACCGGAACCAACAUAUCGUCCGCUCAUAACAGAUGUUGUGCACUCUCUAGUUCCACUUAUUCCUGUUGAGCUUGGAGGAACACUAAGAGUUGCAACACAAGCUGCAACGCCUCGAGGAAACCAGAGUGACUAAACAAGUAGACUGUUUUGUGAUAAUGAUGCACCUUUCCUUUUGUUUUUUCCUUCUUUUUUCUUUUUAUAUAAAUCCAUAGAUCCAUACCACCGGACUUGCUUAUGUGCAUAUCGUUCUUGCUGGGAAUUUGGGUUGUCUAGAUGAUGGACACAAGAUUAUUUUGAAUUUUGUCCACGUUUGUAAAUUGAAGCGUUGUUAGAUAAUUAAUUUUAUAUAAACUUAAAGUAUUCUCAAAAAUCUUUUGUAA